AUGCCCCGUUGGGGAAGACCACCAGGGGCUGCUACAGGUGUGGGGAGAUACUUUGAGGGGGUGGAGGACGACGUGCAUAGGUUCCAGGAACUUGACACGGAUGACGAAAAGAACGGCGUUUUAUUAGAUCGUGGAUUUCAACAGGUUUCCAGCAGCAACAAUGCCAACCCGGAUGAACUGUACUUUAGUGACAUGGACAUAAAAGCAUGGGAAAGGAGAGCAACAACCUUCGAUGAGACGGCAUACGCGCCAAAUUAUGGUUACCAGGAAGAGGAUGAGGAUGACGAAGAGGACGAGGGAUAUUACGACGACACGGGCGAGAGCAUGACCCACGCCGAGUAUGAAGAGAUGCUGUUUCGACGUGUUCUCGACAAGAUCAGAGUAGCGAGAGCGGCUGGCCAUGCAGAUGUUCAGUUGAAUCCAGACGAGGUCGAAGCCUACCAAGCGAAACUUUACGGUGCGAGGGCGCCAGCAGGCCGCCCUCAACCAAGGCCUCGACCCUCCAGUCCUUUGGUAGUCAACGAUGCUGCGAGCGUUGUCACGACAAGCAAAUCUGGAAACCCCGCCUCGGGCAGUUCCAGGUCAAAGAAAAGUCAGCCGCGAACCUCGCUUUUUGCCUCUAAACCCAAGAAAGAGAAACCCUCUGGGCGUAAGCGGACUUCUCCCAUGUCGAGCCCAUCAAGUCUAGGACCGCCAGGCUUUGUUGUGCCCGGCCCGGAGGGACAGCCAAUAUAUGCACCGAUCAAUGCCUACCAGGGUAAUCUUGUCCGCGAUGCAGGGCCUGCUCCUCGCCCGACAUCUCGUUCCGCUUCUCAAACCCCGACUCCACCGCGUGCUACUCCCCCAAGAGAAGUGCUAGGGGCGUUCCCGGGCUCCGAGCAUAGCUACCGACCUGCAACACCUCCGCGGCAAGGGCGGCACACGGCCUCUCGGCAACCUAUGCAAAGACAAGAGUUUCCGCCCAUGAGCGGCGCUCGCUCAUCGUCCAUACAAUCGGCUGGCGUCGUGCCUUUCCCCAUCGAGCCCUACCAGUACCAUGCCUUCAGUCCACCCUCCUCUUCACCACCUUCGCCUCAAUCUCAGUACGCACGUAGAGUGAGCUCAGGCCUUUCCGAGGCUAGCUACACGGUAAUGCCACGCCGCGUUCCAGUUCCUGCACCUUCGCCAGUACCGCUUCAGCGUACAGCACCCGCAACAGGUGUUCAAGGUAGCUAUUUUGAUCCCGCUCUCACUACGCAGGCGUCUGGCUCUAGGACGGUGGUGAGUGCUUUGGGUGAUGAUCAGGGAGCUGCCAAAGCCAUUGGAAAUGCGAAAGAUGGCGAGAGGAGACGAAAGGGUGGACGAACUAAGAAGAAAGUCUAA